AUUGUGGUAUUAGCCCAUGGAGCGAUGUGUUAUGUUAUGUUUUGUUCCUUCAAGGAGCUAAUCAAAGACAAGGAUUACAAUACUGUUGGCGAAAGUGUGUUUAAAAGUAUUGUUAAGUUUGUCUUGAGUGUUUUUGAUAUAGAAGAUUUUGAGAAAAUAUUUGAUCAGAGUGUGGUUGAGGAUGAGUACUCAAAAUUAUGUGAAAUUCUUGACUCUUGUAAAUGUGAUCCUCUUGUAGCUAUUGCUGAGGGGAAGGUGAAAGUUGAUCAAUUUUCCACGCUAAGGGAACAUGAUCUUUGUGACACUAUACGGUGGAAUGAUAUUAGCCCAAACGAAGUAGCAAUUGCAUUGGAGAUGCUUAGGAAUUAUGAGCCUCUGAAGGAAGAUUGUAAAAUGCAGCUUACCUUGGAGUUGACAAAUGAGAAAAGUUAUUGUAUUCUUGAUUCUUUGGUUUUAGAGGCUUUGGGGGGCGUUGACAUUGAAUUGCUACGUAAUUGUUUACCUAAAACAGCAGAUGAUGUGUUUCUCGUUGAGGAUGUUACUUUUGCAUGCUCAGUUUUAGCUGAUGGCUUAUUCAUUGGGCUCUAUGAAUUGGCUGCUAUGAAAACAUCAGCGUUGCUGUACUUCCAGGAAGCUGUAAUUUUUCCUUUGUCAGAUGGUUGCUUUGGACCUUUUACAGAUGAGUUCAUUGAAGUGAUUAAAAUUGCUGACCAUGAGAGAAGAAUGCAAGGUGAUCGUUUCAUCAGUGUAAAGCAUCUUUUGUUUGGCCUUUCACUUUCAAGUGUUCGUAGAUGUGUUGAGAUGAUGUUCCAUGGUAGAGUGCUAGAUUAUACAGGUCAAUUAGCUUUGAAGCUCUCAUCGUUUAGCAUUUACAAGUUAUCGCACGAUGCAGCUACCAUUCUUGGUGAUAAGAAUGUUGGACUUGAGCACUUGGUUCUGGAAAUUUUCUAUGGAAAGCAAGAAAAUGAUCGUACAGGGACGGCUGCACAGGAUGAUUGCAGUUCUUUGUUCUUCGACGAGAAGAAAUGGGAUGAUUACCUCUUGAAACAUUUAAGAUAGAGGGAUGAGUGUGAUUUUGCAAGCUUCAAUGACAGUGAUUCUUUCAGAUCGUUGCUACCCGAAGAUUGUUUGUCUUUUGGUAGAUCGGCGGCAUUAUGUGGCUUUUCUAUCGUGGAUGAGCUGCACAAGGCUUUAAAGUCUGGCUUGAAGUUGAACGCUAUUCGGGGGUAGAAUUAUUACCUUCCCUUUUGUGGGCUGGUUUGGCUUCCACUGUAUAUGCUGUUUGAUACAUUAUGAAUGCCCUUGUGAACAUGGCUGGAAGGUUAUUAUUACUUUCAAAAUAGGAAUAUAUAUUGCAAGUGAAGCCCGUGUUUGACUUAUUUAUUUGUUUAUCUUUUUGGCUGAAAAUUGCUUAA